AUGAGCUCGAAAAGGAAGUUCUCCGACUUCAACGCCGACUCUUCCUCGAAGAAGGAGGAGUCGCGCGAGCGCAUUCCCGGAUACCACGCCCCAAAGAGCAGGAAGAAGAGCGGAAGUCACAAGGCCAGGGCGAAUCCCAAAAGUCUCCAAUGGGUCAAGAAGCGAGUACGGACUAUUGAGAGGAAGAUGAGGGGCGGGACGGAAAACUUGCCAGCGAAUGUCCAGAACGACAUGGAGAAGGAGCUGGCCUAUCACAAACAAAAGCUCGACGAGGUGGCCGAUGACAAGAAGAGGAAAUCCAUGAUCAAGAAGUACCACAUGGUUCGCUUCUUCGAGAGAAAGAAGGCAGACCGGCUUGCGAAACAAAUCGGAACCCAGCUCGAGAUGGCCACAGACGAAGCCGAAAUCAAGAAGCUAAAGGCCGACCUUCACGUGGCAGAAAUCGACAGUCUGUACGCCCGCUACUUCCCGCACCGAGAGCGCUACGAAAGUUUAUACCCCGUAUCCUCGCUGGGAUUGUCGGUUCACGGAGGGGAACAGCCAGAAGAUGCGAGCACGGCAGCAAAGGCCCUGCGCACCGAACGACCCAAGCUAUGGGGUGCCAUUGAAAAAGCGUCAAAGAAGGGUCCCCAGGCAUUGUCGGAUAUCAGAGAACGGAAGUUGGCAGUAGACUCGAGAAGCAAGGCUCCCAAGGACCGGCCCUCGAAGCAUUCCUUUGCGGUCAAGGCCAAUCAGUUGAAGGAGAAGACGGCGUUUGUUUCGGAUCCUGCAGACCCCCGGCAAGGCAAAGGCAAACGGAAAGAGGAGUCGGACUCGUCGGACUCGAGCAGUGACAGCGACAGUGACGGCUUCUUUGAGAAAGAGUAG